GAGAGCAGAGGUUGCAGUGAGCCUAGAUUGUGCCACUGCACUCCAGCCUGGGCAACAAGAGCAAGACUCUGUCUGCGGGAAAAAAAAAAGUUUCCAUUCUUAAAUAUGGACAAAAGAAUGACCCUGAACUAAAACUUUACCUACUUUUUUUAAAUCCUCAACCACUCCUAUUAACAAGCAGGUUAUGAUUUAUGACAACUUUUAUGUCCAUCACAUUACAGGAUACAAACGGCUUUUCUGAUGCUUUAUCUGAUUUCCUCCCAACCACACUUUUGAUUAUUCAUCGAACCAACAUUUGUAAGUGCCACCUAAGUGCCAGGCAUAGAGGAAAUAAACACCACCCACACUGUGGCCGCCCUCACUGGCUUAGUGCAGAGGCUCUGUGGUCAGACAGUCUGGAUUCAAAGUCCAAUUCUAUCAUUGAUUAACUCUGUGUCCCUAAGUGUGUUUUUUCUGGGUUCAAUGCGAAAAUUACAACUUCUGCUAAUUCUUCUUCAAUGAACAUGCUUUUCCUUCUCUUAGGCAAGAAAUGGGAAAUUGCCAAGCCCUUGAAAAACAAGCAAGCAGAUGAAGAAAAAAUGUAUGAGAAUGUCCUUAAUGAGUCGCCAGUUCAAUUACCACCUCUGCCACCAAGGAAUUGGCCUUCUCUAGAAGACUCCUCCCCACAGGAAACCCCAAGUCAGCCGCCACCUACAUACUCAUUGGUAAAUAAAGUUAAAAAGAAGAAGACUGUUUCUAUCCCAAGCUACAUUGAACCUGAAGAUGACUAUGAUGAUGUUGAAAUCCCUGCAAACACUGAAAAGCAUCAUUUUGAGACAGCCAUUUCUUCUUUUUGACAAAACUGAAGAGGGUUCACACGACUUAUUUUAAAGCAAUGAAGAAUGGUUCACUUCAGUAGGUCUCUGGGCCCUGAAAGCCAGUGGUGAUUUUAUGAAGCUCUAUAAGAUAAAGCACUUCCCAAACCUUAGAUGAAGGCACCCCGGCAAUCAGAUGACUGCAGCCAGAGGAGAGACAUGGGUGCUCGGCUCUGAGGACUUAGAGGGGUCAGCCUUGCGUUGUUGAGGGAAGUUUCCAUGGGAAGGACCACAGGGCUCCAUGGCUCCCACCUGUGAGAAACUACUCAUUUCUUGGCACUCUUUCCCCCUUCAUUCCCUUUGGUUUGCGUGGUUCUGAGUGAUCUGAAAUCUCUGCAUUUGGUUUUGCA